UAUCCCACCCCUUAUUACACCAAAUAGAAGCCUCCCACUCAAAUCGACUCACAACAAUGUGUGGCCGCUAGAACUAAAGACUUAUCCAAACCAAAGCUUCUUCCUUUCCGCCGGUGACCAAUGGAGCAACAACCGCCUUCGCCGCCGCCGCCGACGAAGAAACCACAUUUCUUAGUCAUAACCUUCCCGGCGCAAGGCCACCUCAAUCCAGCUCUCCACCUCGCCAAACGACUCGCCUCCUCGACAACCGCCGACGUCACCUUCUGCACUGCCACCAUGGCUCACCGACGAAUGUUCCCUUCUCUCCCUUCCCCCACCUCCCCAAUCCACCACAACGGCAUCACUUACAUCCCCUUCUCAGACGGCUCUUCGUCUUCCUCCAGUCACCACCCCAGCGAUGCCGAUCUUCGCUCCUUCAUGUUACAAAUCAAACAACUCGGCUCCAACCAUCUCACCUCCAUCCUCCGAGAUUUCGCCACCUCCGGCCGCCCCGUUACCUGCCUGAUAUACACAAUCAUGCUCCAAUGGGCCGGUGAUGUCGCUAGCGACCUAGGCGUCCCCUCCGCCCUCUACUGGAUCCAAGCCGUCACUGUUCUGUCCAUAUACCACCAUUUCUUCGACGGGUACGAAUCCCUCAUCGUCUCCCACGCCAAAGAUCCCUCUUUUCCAAUCUCUUUCCCCUCCCUCCCCCUCUUCCAAAUUCGUGAUCUUCCAAGCUUCGUCACCAUCACGUCUCCUGAGGAGCCGUUCUUCGACAUUCUCGAUGGCCUACGCAAUUUGUUCGACGAUUUGUCUCGGAGAAGACGAGCAGGGGGGAAGCCGAGGGUGCUUGUGAACUCUUUUGAUGAGCUGGAGAUGAACGCUCUGGCAUCCAUGGAAGAGUAUGCGGAGUUAAUCACGGUAGGACCGGUGGUGCAGGAGGCGGCGGAAGGGGAAACUGGCGACAUGUUUGACGAGGACGAGAAGAAGUACAUGGAAUGGUUGGAUUCACAGGAAAAUAAAUCAGUGGUGUAUGUGGCGUUUGGAAGCGUUCAUAAGAUGAGUAAGGAGGAAAUAGAGGAAAUUGGUAAAGGCUUAAUAGAAAGCCAAAGACCCUAUCUUUGGGUUGUGAGGAAGGAUAGCAGAUGGGAAGAUGUGAACUUUGACGGUGAAGAGAAGCAGGGGAUGGUUGUGGAAUGGUGCCAACAGGGGAAAGUGCUUAGGCACAAGGCCGUGGGAUGCUUCGUAACGCACUGUGGUUGGAAUUCGACGGUGGAGGGUUUAUUUCACGGCGUCCCAGCGGUGGCGAUGCCGACUUGGUCGGAUCAGGUAACGAACGCGUGGUUGAUGGAGAGGGAGUGGGGGACGGCGGUAAAGGCGGAGGUGGGCGAGAAUGGGCGGGUCGGGCCGAAGGAAUUGGCGAGAUGUUUGGAGAUUGUGAUGGGGGAAGGGGAGAGAGGGGUACAGAUAAGGAUGAAAGCGGAGAUGUGGAAGGAGAAGGCGAGGAAGGCGGUUAGUGAAGGAGGGUCUUCAUGGAAGAAUCUGAAGGCCUUUGCUUGCUGAAAAGAUGAAGCAAGCUGUUUUAGCUUUUGAAUAAUUCAUGAUGCGCAGAGAAAUUCAUGCGCAUUGGCUUGGAGUUUCUCUCUUGUUUCUAUGAUUCUGAUUUGUAAUUUGCUUUAUUGCAGUUAUAACCAGUUCUCCAUGGAUUGAUCCUUCUCUAAUUCUUAGAUCAGUAUUCGUUUGGUAAUAAAAA